AAGUCGGUGCCAAGUUUCGAACGCAGAUGGAAAUUGUAAACAAAUCCAGCUGACUCGCACGUGAUACGCUGAGGCCUCUUCACACUGAGGAACUUCGAUAUUGUGCCAUUUUUUUUUUUACAAGGGAUAGGAUUCCGUUGCUGAUGCGAGGUCAUCAUGAGAAUGAAGAAGAACAUGCACUUCCUAUCAUUUCUGCUCAUAGUUCUCCAGUGUGGGAUGGGCCUUGGACAAAAGACUUCAAAUGUUGAUGAGUUACUUAACUGGUGUUUAGAUGCAAGGCAUCACAAAACGUUGCCUGGACCAGAGGGUAAUCUUUUUAAACAGUGUACUCCAUGGAAAACGAGAGCUUGUUGCACAGAGGAAGUUACAAGGAAAAUUCAUGAAGACAGUCUCUACAGUUUUAAUUUUAAUCAUUGUAUGCAUCAGACAAGGAAGGAAAUGUCACGUGAAUGCCACAGACACUUUAAACAGGACCACUGCUUCUAUGAAUGCUCUCCAAAUAUUGGUCCCUUUGUUGUGUCAGAGAAACGAUCAUGGCGUAAAGAACGUUACUUCAAUGUUCCACUCUGUGCAAGUGACUGCGUAGCAUGGUUCAACAGCUGUGCAGAUGAUUACACUUGUACAGACAAUUGGUCACGAAAUUUUGAAUGGCUUGAGAGUUCCCAGUGUACUUCGGGUACAAAGUGCAAAACCAAUUUUUGUCCAAAGGGGUCAGACUGCAAGACAUUCAAGGAGAUUUACCAGACAGCUCAAAAUUUCUGUGAAAAAGUUUGGGAUCAUUCAUGGAAAUACACAAAUGACAGUAGCCCAUGUAUGCGAUUGUGGUUUGAUGGAAUUACAGGAAACCCCAAUGAUCUAAUUGCUAAACAUUAUGCCUUUAAAAUUGCUGGAGCAGAAUCUCUCUCAGGUAGUUUGCAAUUAUUAAUUGCUGUGGUAGUUCUAAUGUGGACUGUUUACUAGGUAUACUGUCAAUACUUCCUCUUUCUGGUUCAGAGUUUUAAGGUGUACCAUAUAGGGAAGGAAUUGUUACUCUGUAAUGUAAAUCAUACAUUACUAAAGAGAGUUAUUCUAAAGUAGUAUUGUUGAAUGUCAUAUAUUGAAAAAUAUGUAACUAAUGUUUGGAUUUUGUAAUGAAUUUUUUCAUUUAACCGUAGGACAAUGCAAGAAUAAGAGGCUUAAUAUUAUGUUUCAACAGUAAUUGCCUCAGGUAUACUUUGAACAGGUAAAAUGCAACAUUCCAUCCACAUAGAGUAUAUGAAAUAUAUUUUUUUGUACUUAAAAUCUAAAUACUGAAACUCUUGAUGAAUCAGAGAGGACCACUAUUUAUAUAUGCUUUUAUACUAAACAGUGAUGUGAUCAUUACAGGCUUUCCGUUGACCUGGAGUUACUAUAAAAAGAGCUCAAUUCUUUGUACAAGAAUAUGCAUAAUUGCACUUUGAGUAUAAUCCUAAUUUAAUUUUAAAUUUAUGGACUUUUCUCACAAAAUGAGUGAUUACCUAAUAUUUUAUUGUGAUAUAAGGUAUGAAAGUGGAUGAAUGAUUCUACAUUGUAAAAUAAUUAAUUAAAGUUCCGGUGUUAUACCUUCUUCAGAAUUAUGUGAUAAUUCUCAUAAAGAUGUAGUAUUAAAACAUGUCUUGUAUUAAAAAGUCAUUCAUAUUUGUACCUUUUCUAACUUUGUUACAGUAAACUCUGUACAGUUUGAGUUGAGAUUAUUAUUGUUUUUUAUGAGUAUGAAUUUAAGUACUGGGGAAAGGGCACUGCCAUUCUUUAAGCAGAAAGUUGGAAAUGCUUGAUGCAUGUAUGAAGUGCAGGUAUUAGAGUUCUGUAUAUAAAAUAUGAACUAUUUAAAGUGCAAUACAAAAAUAAUAGACAUUUAUAAGUACUUGUAGUUAGGACAGCGUGAGGGAAAUGAAUAAUAAGACAGAAAAAUAUGUAUAUUCAGCAUUUUAACUCAAAAGUUUAUAUUGAGAAUGAAUCUGGUUACUAAUGGUCAUAUAUGACAACUUAUAUACUGUUGCCUGUGUGGUGACCAAAUACAGGAAGGUAUGUACGUUUAUUAUUUGAUUUGAUAUUCGUCGCAACACUUGUUAAUGUACACGUGUAUGUAUUUUUAGAAAGUUAUGGGUUAAAGUUGUAAUUGAUGUUGAAGUUUGUAUAAAUAUAAAUACUCACAAAGAAAUGAUAAAGGUUAAGGAUUGCUCAAGAUGAUAUUAAAAUGGGAGAGAUAUUGUCAGUCCUUUUUGUUCUUUUGUUAAUGAUGAGCAUGAUACACCUGAUGUACCAGUAACCAUGAUUAUCUGGUUUACAUGCUACCUUCUAAUAGUGAAGGUAAGCAUUUAAACUCAUAAACUGUUCCAUGUUAGGUUAGUCACCAAAGAGCAGUUUUAAAAUCAGUCCUGAGAGGGCAUCCUAGUUCUAAAUUGGAGAUUCACAGGUAUGAAGUAAUGUUACUAUCCCUAAUGUAAUUAAUAUUUUUGUUAAUAUUGUGAUUAGGUAAAUUACUAUUAUUAUUAUUAUUAUUAUUAUUAUUAUUAUUAUUAUUAUUAUUAUUACU